AUGUUAGUCGAAAACGAUCAAAUAAUCGAUGGUUGGGUUUUCAAUGGAGUAGGUGGUAUUCUAUCCACACCACUUGGUAUAGCUUUACACAAUUCAUUAAAUAAUAAAACUGGUUUAAAACUUUGGGGAUCACUCGAAAACAACAAUGGCACAUCAACAUUUCGUAUGCAAUCCUGGUCAAAACAUCAGGUAGUCAAUCCGAAUUUUUAUCUUCAAACAACCGUCAAUAAUAUUACAUCGAUAAAAGAUGCUUUACAAGGAAAUGAUUUUAAUACAAUACGUGUAUCUGUAAUAGAUAUUCGUGCAUCAGAAAACUACACAGCUCAAGGAAUACCAAGAACAUCAACAUUUGUAUUGAUUGGUGAUGAAACAGCUACUUGUUAUCUAUUAGCAACUGACUUAUCAACUGACUUAUUGCAAGUUGAAAAAUCUUACGAUAUUACAAAAACAAGAAAAAAAUUCUACAAUGAUUCCUAUGUACUAUCAACUACAAUCGACACACGCAUAUCACAAUCUAAUAUCAUCGUAACACCUAAUGUUGAUGAUGUUGCAACAAUAAUUAACAUGAACUUAAAUGAUACAAAAACUAUUACAACAACAAUUAAUGAAGUGGGCGAAAUUCGACGUUUGUACAACUGCACUACAUGCCAAGGUGAUUUAAAUCAAGUACAAAACGCUGCUGCAUUGUUAUACUGUGAAAAAUGUCAUCGACAUAUUUUAAAGUCAAAUCUUGUAUUACACAUCACUACUACAAUCGUACUAAAAAAUGGAGAAGAAAAAAUUAUUUUAGCUGUCAAUGAUCGAGUGUUUCAUCAAUUACUUGAAAUUAUUGGUAUAACUAUUAAUAUGUUUGAUACAGAUAUAAUAAUUGCUAUGAUGUCAACUGGAAAUUUAAUUUUCGAAUAUAGCGAAUUACGUAAAGAAUUAUCUCAGAUUCGAAAACCAACUUAA